AUGGUAGCCGUACCUCACAUCCGCCUGUUUACCAUCGCACCCAUUGGGUGCGAUGGUAGCGGUACCACACAUCCGCCUGUUUACCAUCGCACCCAUUGGGUGCGAUGCCGUACCACACAUCCGCCUGUUUACCAUCGCACCCAUUGGGUGCGAUGGUAG